GGCGGCUCGAGCCCGGAAGCGGCGAGGGCGGCGGGGGCGGAGGCGCCUCAGGCCGGCCGGGGUUUGCGGCGCCGUCCUCAACUCGCGGCUCCUGCGGCCGGUGGCGCGGCAGCCAUGCAGCCCCCGCCCCCGGGCCCGCUGGGCGACUGCCUGCGGGACUGGGAGGAUCUGCAGCAGGACUUCCAGAGCAUCCAGGAGACCCACCGGCUAUACCGCCUGAAGCUGGAGGAGCUGACCCAGCUGCAGAACAGUUGCACCAGUUCCAUUGCUCGGCAGAAGAAGCAGCUCCAGGAGCUGGCCCUCGUCCUGAAGAAAUGCAAACCCUCCCUCUCAUCAGAGGCCAAGGAGUCUGCGCAGGAGCUCGAGAACCAGAUGAAAGAGCGCCAAGGCCUCUUCUUUGACAUGGAGGCUUAUUUGCCCAAGAAGAAUGGGUUGUACCUGAGCUUGGUCCUGGGGAACGUCAAUGUGACACUCCUGAGCAAGCAGGCUAAGUUUGCCUACAAAGACGAAUACGAGAAGUUCAAGCUCUACCUCACCAUCAUCCUCAUCCUCAUCUCCUUCACCUGCCGCUUCCUGCUCAACUCCAGGGUGACAGACGCCGCCUUCAACUUCUUGCUGGUCUGGUAUUACUGCACCCUGACCAUCCGUGAGAGCAUCCUCAUCAACAACGGCUCCCGGAUCAAAGGCUGGUGGGUUUUCCAUCACUACGUGUCCACGUUCCUGUCGGGAGUAAUGCUGACAUGGCCUGAUGGUCUCAUGUACCAGAAGUUCCGGAACCAAUUCCUGUCCUUCUCCAUGUACCAGAGCUUCGUGCAGUUCCUCCAGUAUUACUACCAGAGCGGCUGUCUGUACCGCUUGCGGGCCCUGGGGGAGAGGCACACCAUGGACCUCACUGUGGAGGGCUUCCAGUCCUGGAUGUGGCGGGGCCUCACCUUCCUGCUGCCUUUUCUUUUCUUUGGACAUUUCUGGCAGCUUUUUAAUGCGCUGACACUGUUUAACCUGGCCCGGGACCCUCAGUGCAAGGAGUGGCAGGUGCUCAUGUGUGGCCUCCCCUUCCUCCUCCUCUUCCUUGGCAAUUUCUUCACCACCCUGCGGGUUGUGCACCAGAAAUUCCACAGCCAGCGGCGCGGGAGCAAGAAAGAAUGAGGCUGGCCCUUCCCCUGCCAGCCCCAAAGGGCUGUGUUGCACGUGUCAUGGGAGGGGAUGGGAAGUAUGUGCGUGUGUAUGUGCAGGCACGCAUGUGCAGGAGCAGGGCUGUCUUCUCU